AUGGGUAACGCCAGAAAACGGGUGCAGCGACGCAGCCUGUCGUGUGCGAGAUGCAGACACAGAAAGAUUAUGUGCGAUGCCUUAUCGCCCGCAUGCUCUGCUUGUGUCGAGGCCGAUGCUCCCUGCCUGGCUUGGAAUGCUGCCACCAAAGCCACCGCACCACGCAGUAUCGCCCGGUAUUUGGAAGAGCGCAUUGCCGCUCUAGAGACAGAGAUUACCGAGCCUGUUGAAAGCCAGACACUGGAAGACCCGGGUUCCUCUACGCUGGUGGCAGUGUCCAACUCCAUCGUCGGCAACGUCUUGAGCGACAGCACACCCUCGUUUCUCGGUCUUGUAAAGGACAGCUGUUUGGCUGGAUGCGUAGCUGUCCAGACUGAGAUCCCUUCUGUUCAUCUUGCCAACGCUGUCUCUGAUCUGAAUGAAAACCAUCCACGGGCUAUUGUGAACCAGCAAGCGUCUAUCCUGUCGCCCACAUCCGUGCCACCUCGAGUCGCCGAUUUCCUUUUGUUCACCUACACCACUGGUAUAAUUCACCAGUUCCCUAUUCUGUCCGAGAAGGAGGGGAGAUCGGCUUUCGACGCUGUACUCCCUAUAGGGUACAGUGAUCCUAAUUAUAAUUCUCGAAGCGUAUACGUCGUCAGCCUCAUCAUGGCCAUCUCGCUCUCGACUGCAGCAAGGAAUAAGCUUGCGCGGGCCCAGUCUCUUGCAACAGCGUUGUUUAAAAAUGCAAUGCUCAAUAUUUCCGCUGUUCUCACCAAUGACCUUGCUGGCCUCCAGGCCCUUCUCCUGUUAAUCCAAUAUACCUUUCUCAAUCCCACCGUCGGCAACCUGUGGCUACUCACCGGAAUCUCCAGCGAAGCCUGCAUCGAGUACGGCCUGAACCAGGAACUACAUGCUCAGGACGGUACGGACAUGGACCGUCGACGGCGGAUCUUCUGGUGUGCGUGGGAAAUGGAAAUCGCCGUCAGCGCGGCGUUUCGUCGACCGAUCAGGAUCCUCAACAAGUACAUCAACGUCUCCUUCCCCAGCCCUACAUCCUCUGCAGCACCACUCGCCAUUCCCUCCAUUGCAAUAUUUGUCUGGCGCUUCCGACAGCUCGAAGCCGAGCUCAUCUCCAUCCUGCAUCUAAACAACCCGCUCCCACCCGACGCCAGCUCGCUCGAAUCCUGGAUGGAAGACAUGGCAAACAAAGCCCAGCACUGGGCACAGCAGGUCCAGCACUCUGCAUCCCAGAGCCAGUGCCCAUCGACCAUGUCGCAAUGGGCCGAAAUGGUCCUCUACGCAGACAUCGCAUACCACUACUGUCUCGUUCUACUCUACGGCCCCUCAAACCGAGUCAAAGAGCCAACGAGGCCGAAUCUCAUCUGCGCCUUUAGAGCCAGCGUGCAAGUCGCCAUCAGCUACUGGGAACAGGCCAAUUCCGAAUUCGGACGCAUCAAAUAUACGUUUCAUACAUGCUACCAUACCUUCUCCGCGGCGGUGGUGUUUCUAAGUGUCCUCCGCAGCUGCCAGUCCGAGAUCACACAGCUCUACACCCUCGACGAAGUGCAGGAAUGCGCGAACCGGUUCAUGUGUCUUCUUUCAUCUAUUGGCGAGCGGUGGCCUGCUGCAGCGCGCUGUCUCGAGGAGUAUGACCAUCUUCUCGAGCCGAUUAUGAAAUCGUAUUCCGAUCUUUUCCUGCUGUCACAGCAGCAGCAAAGUGACCCCGAUCCGUUCCUGCCAGUGGGCCAGUAUGCGGAGGCAUUUGACGUGAUGGAUUAUGAGAGUUUUAUACACAUCUUUAACCCGCCGCAGGAGGUAGAGGAUCCGUUGCUUGCCUCUCCGGCUGUGGUUCCGUUUGAUUGGGAUGUGGAGUUUGAGUUUGGAAUGGAUGGGUUGUUGGAUAUUGUAUAA